AUGAAGCCGCAAGGCCCAGACCUUUCGUCCUCUCUUCUGGAUGCCGAGAAGUCCUUUGCCGGCCUGGUUUCUGGAACAUGGGCCGGAACCGGCAUCUGCGAUCUCCGUGCAUCCGUGACAGCGCAGCAGAAGCAGAUCGACUCCUUGGUGGACCGCGUCGCUAUGCUCCUCUCGUCUAUGCACUCUGAGGUAUUGCAAGACGUGCAGGCAGCUUUCGGCGCGUUCAACUUUGAAGCCAGAUUGACAGAGAUGCGACGUGUGGGUGAGGAGCUGGAUUCGCGCUUGAACGAGUUCAGAAACCAGGCUCGACGGUUUGGCUUCAACGAGACAUCUGCAAUUCAAGAGGAAGUUCUGCGUCUUGGAGAAACCAUGCACGGGUUUGAUGCACGCCUCGCUGCGCACGAGCAAAAAUUGCAUGAGCUUGAAGACCACGUCGGUGAGAGCAUGAUCGCCGUGCAUGACCGUCUAACUUCGCAGUGGGACAGCAUGUCGUUGGAGCUGAAGAAGUUGGCUGACCGUGUGGACAACGCCGAGUCCGACGUAGCACUUCUGUCGGACGAGGAUCCUGGAAACUAUGCAGAGACCCUGCAGAAAGCUUCAGAGGCUCUGCGCAUCGAAUGCCAAGAGUUUGUGCUCCAACAGCUUGAGCCUGCAACCGCUCGCUUGGCCACCUUGGAGGAAUACUUCUCCCAGCAGCAUUUGGACCUGCUUCGUGCGUUACAAAAUACAGAAGGAGCUGGGCCAAAGGAUGGCGACACUGCCCACAAGGAAUGGCAAAGACAGGCGCAAGAUGACAUGAGGCAGCACGGAGAGCAGCUCCUCCACUUGACUCGUGAGGUCAGGGACGUCCGAGCCUUGGCCUCGACCCUGGAAAGGGUGGUGGAAGGACACCGGGAGCGAACCGAGAAAAUUGUGACCGAGAAGCCUGUGAUUCAGGACCUUUCGCAGCGAAUGGACCUGGUCCAGGCAAAGCUCGAAGCGGGUGCCAACCCCCGAGCGGAGCAGAGGGUCGACGAGAUGGAUGCCAGGCUCAGCUCCAUCAGCCUUUCCACGAGUCAAGAGCUCCGCUUCCUCGCACAACAGUUGCGAGACCUGGAGGGCACCUUGAGCAAGCGGGCAGACAGUGCCGAGAAGACCACCGAGCGUUUGCAGGUGCAAGUUCAGGACCUGGUCUCUGUCAUGAAGGAUCUGCCGAUGGCCUUGUUGUCAGGGCCCAGCUUGCAAUCGGACGUUGAGGACCGCAUGCUGCAAGCCCUGGAACGGAAAGUCGACCUAGCAUCGCAGGACUUGCGGUGUCAGCUCGAAUCGCAGAUCGCGCAAAUGUCAAAUCGAGACCACUGGCAGCUGCAAAGCGAUGCGCGUGCUCUCGAAGAUGUAAGAGACAUGAGAUCGCAAAAGUUGGCCCUCGAAGUGCGGAAGGAGUUUGAGCAGAAGCUGGCAGACAAUGGAAUGGCCACGCAGCAGUUCAUGAGGGAAUUGCGCCAGGAGCUCGAAGCUCGAGCAUCUCAGUCGCAGCGGCAGGGAGAAGAGCUGCGACGAGAGAUGGAGCUGAAACUGGAGAGGAAGUCCUCGGCAUCAGAAAUGGCCAUGGAGGAGCUCCGGCACACACUGGACAACAUGCGCACCCAGCAGCAAGGAACCCUGCACAAACUCUCGGAAGACAUGAAGCAGAUGAGUGCGGAACUGGAAGUCCGACUAGUAAAGGCACAGGGGUCGAGCCAGAGGUUGGCGGCUGAGCUCCACAAAGACUUGGAGGUGAACCUGACUGAGACGAGUCGGCAAGUGUUGCACGAGGAACGACAGCAGUUGGUCAGCGAAUUCCGGCAGGACCUGGAGCGACGCCUGCAGAGAAGCAAUGGCCAGGCAAGCAGCGACCAGGUCCGACUAGCUGCCGAGGAGAUCCGGCAGCUCCGAGCAGCGAUGGACAGUACACGGGAAAUAGCAGAAGAGGCACGCCGAGACGUAGUCGAGUUCCUUUCGCGUGGAUCGGACGACUCCUUCCUUGAAGCCGCGGAGCGAGCAGCACAAGUCACGGCCAGCUCCUUGGAGGAUCGCUUUUGCGAGCGGUUGGAUCGCUGCGAUGCAGCUGCCAGCUCGUGUGAACAACUUACGAAAGAGAUGGAGAAUCGCCUUCGCCAAGUCUCUAGUGAACUUCGUGCACAUCAGCAGCUGGUGAGUGUUCUUGCACCCUCACUGCAAUCGAUGGAAGCCGAUUCCGUGGCAACAGCAACAGCUGCUGCAACAGCUGCGGCGGCGGCUGCAACAGAAGUGCUCUCAGAGGUCCGGAACAGUCCUGCGAUGAGGUCACUGCGAAGUAGCCCGUCGAGGUCCCUGAACUCCACAACACAGGAGUUGUUUCGCCGUUCAGACGAAGCAAUGUCAGAGCAGCCCGACUCGCGCACUUGCCCAAUUUCACCGAUCUCUGAAGAAGCAGAGGUGGAUGAGCAAAGCUUCAUCAUACAGGGCCGGCGACAAAAGAACAGGGAUUUGAGUGUGGAUGUCGACCAAUUCAGCCUGCAACAGAAAGUAGCAAGGAGCCUUGCGGGCUUGGAGGACUGA